GAAGCAGAGAAACCUCCAGGCUCCCUAAACCGACGCAAAUAUGCAGGCGCUCCUGCUCUCCCCGGCGGCGGCGCCACGGCCGCCCCUCCCCACUCUGAGGCGGCCGUCUCUACCCUCUGGGGCCACUCCGAUCCUCGCGCCGGCGCCGCGCGCCUCCGCUCCCCGCGCGGCGGCUGCCCUCCCGGCCGGGCGCCGCGGAGGACGCGCUUCGCCGCACCUCGCGGCCGCCGCCGCCGCCGCGGCGGCGCCCGAUCCCACGCCUUCCCCCGCCGAGGACGAGGUCGAGCGCGCCAAGCUCGCCCAGGUUAGCAAAAGACUAGAAACAACAGCACGGUAUUUCAAGACUUUGGGCACCCUGGGAUUCUGGUCUCAGUUAGUGUGCACAACUGUCUCAGCAGGAAUUUUGUCAUUCUCUGCAGUCGCUACAGGGAAUGCAACAUCUCCCCUUACAUUCUUUGCGACUUCAAUCGGUGUUGUUGCGGCAUUUAUUUCAGUCUUUUGGGCUUUUGGUUAUAUCCGGCUUUCAGAAAGGCUUAAGAGAACAGCAAAUGAACCUACAAAGGCUCCUCCACGUGCCGAUGUGGUAAGAAAUCUCAAAAAUGGUAUUGUGCUUAACAUUAUUGGAAUGGGUGCUGCAAUUCUUGGGAUGCAGGCAACUGUAGGUGCAUUGGUAGCAAAAGCUCUCACUACCUCUGCAGUGCCUUACUACCAGGGAAUACCGCCUGGCCAGAGUCCUGUUCUUGCUUUAGAUGUUUUCCUUGUCCAGGCCUCAGCCAACACAAUCCUCUCACAUUUUCUUGGAUUGUCGAGCACACUGGAACUACUGCGGUCUGUAACCCUGACAAAAGUAGAAUCUGCCCCAGCCCCCCCAGCCAGCAUGAGCUUAAGCUAGAACACAUCGAGAGUCCCAACACUCCAACCAAUAUUCCUCAGCUUCAGAAUUUUCUCUUCUUUUUAUUUGGUUGUAUGUUUAUGUUGCAACGGCUGUGUAUUUUUGAACUCUUGUGUUAGUGAUAAGCUUCAAUUUGUUUGUUAUUGCUGAGCACAUGAAGGGCUUUGAUGCGAGAAGUGAGACAAGUUGGUGAUUCAGAGAUGUUCUGCAAAUUGGACAGAAGUUACUCGUCUUUGCACUUUAGAAAAUGUAGGGCAUUUUAGUCUUAUGCUGCUACUGAGAACACAGCAAUUUCUCCAUCGAAAUAUCUCAUCAGAAUGACCAAUGCCAAACUAAUGGAGACACGUGCUGGAAGGUAAAGAGAAUCAUACCGAGCACUAACAAGAGGAACAUUUGCAAAGCGCAAUUAUAAGCAAAUUGUCAUUU